GGGUCGGGGGCUCCGGUGGCCGACGCGCUGCUCGGCCACCAGUUGACGGCAAGAUGGCGUGCUGUGUGGAGGUGCUCGCUCUCGUGCUGCUGAUCGUCACGGCCUCAGCCACCACCCCUGACACGCUGCAGAAGUUCCCACUUUUGAUGCCUCACGUCAAGCCUGAACGGGCCGAGACCUACUUCUGCACCCCGAUCCGCAUCGACCCGACGCAGGAGUACUACAUCACUGCUUUCCAGCCCAACGCAAGCAUGGACACAGCACACCACAUGCUGUUGUAUGGGUGUGAGACGCCCGGCACUGACGAGGAGGUCUGGAACUGUGGCGAGAUGGCCCUGGCCCAGCCUGGCAUUAAGAGUGCUGCCGUCUGCGGCUCCGGCUCCCAGGUGAUCUAUGCCUGGGCCCGGGACGCCCCCAAGCUGGUGCUGCCUGAGGGAGUCGCCUUCAAGGUGGGCGGGAAGUCCCCCAUCCAGUACAUUGUCUUGCAGGUCCACUAUGCUUCUGUUGAAAAAUUUAAAGAUGGUUCCACGGAUGACUCUGGGGUCUUCCUCUACUACACUGAGACUCCUCAACCAAAGGCAGCAGGUGUGCUGCUUAUGGGGACUGGUGGGCGCAUCAACCCGAACAGUGUAGAGUACAUGGAGACUGCCUGCACCAUCAAUGAAGAUAAGGUCAUCCACCCAUUUGCCUUCCGCACCCACACUCACGCUCUUGGUCGUGUUGUGUCAGGAUACAAAGUGACCCGUAAGGGAUAUGCUGACGAAUGGGAACUAAUUGGCAAGAAGGAUCCUCAACUGCCCCAAAUGUUUUAUCCAGUUGCUAAGGAUCUUGUCCUUCGUAAGGGUGACACAGUGGCUGCACGCUGCACCAUGGAGAGCAAGCGGGACCGUACCACCAGGGUCGGGAGUACGAAUGCUGAUGAGAUGUGCAAUUUCUAUAUCAUGUACUCUGUGGAUGGAGGCAUUGAAAACAUACUUCAGCAGAAGGCUUGCUUCAGUGCCGGUCCACCGUAUUACUACUGGAAAAACGAUACCAGAUUCAAGAACCUUCCUGAUGAAUAAAAAGAUCUCUAAAAGCUGGAACACAAGUAGUAAUGCCCUCGUACCUGUAUACACAGUGGCAGAUGUGGAUGGGAAAUUUCUCUUGAAAAACGUGAAAGGAUAAGUACAGUACUGUAUUUGCAAGAAGAAAUGAAUGAUACAAAUAAAUACACAAGUGGAUUAUGGGUUCUUAAGUACUAGACAUUUAAGGUAGUGUGAAUAAUUAUUGUAAAAAUUUAGAACCAAAAUUUUAAUAUGAAAGAUGAAGAGCUUUGUCCAGAAAUAUGCAAAUCAGCAAAUGUUAUGGCACAGUACUCUAUUAUAUAUCAUAAAAUUCCGGUGUUCAGAGGCAAAUUCGUUUAAAAUAAAGAUCAAAAUACGUGCUGAGGCAUGGAGUGACACGUCAAUAUAGAAAACAGAAAUUAUAGAUAUAGAAAACAAAUAAAUUAUAAUCCAGUAUUACCGUAAUAGCAAUACGGCUUACACAUGACCCACACUGUACCACUUAGAAGCUGUAUAUAACAAGGGAAUAAAUGUAUUUGUAAUGGAUGCUGUAUAAGAGGUCAUGAUGGGUACUGUACACUUGGUGUUGUAAAGCUGUGGGUUGCUGUUGUGGAUGACUGCUGAAGUGUGGUGAAGCGUGUUUAUAAGUGAAGUUAUAUAUUCUGUAUUGUGACUCAUUACCCAUUUUCUGACUCAUGGUGUGAAGAGGCAUCAGUUCAGAAAAAAUGGUGAGUAAUGUGCUCUGGUGAAAGAAGGUUAUAGAUGUUAAAUAAUAAAUUAGUAUAAAUAUAAUUCAUCCAUCCGUUAUAUCAAAAUUAUUAAUAAUUAUUAUAUAAUGAAUGUACGAAUAAUUUGUAACAUUAUAUUAUUUGAUGUCUAUAACCUUCUCUUACUACUGAAUAUUAAUCUUUUGUUUUGUUUUUUACAUUAACUGAUGCCUCCCCACACUGAGUCAGAACAUUGGUAAUGAUAAGUCAGUACAGUAUAGUACUUUUUACCUGAAUUUAUCCGAGUCAUUUCCUUAUUGGGAUACAGGAAGACGGCAGCUUGUCAACGCUACCUCCAUUAUUCUUGAAUAUUUUUUCCAGUUGAAUGGUAAACAAGCUUUGUCUUGGCACAUACGUCUUCGCCGGGUAAGGUGAAAAAAGUAUCUUAUAUUUAACUUUUUAAGCAAGUCUGUCUUAGGAGAACGUGCAGAGAAAUUCGACUAACAUCUUUGAAAAAUUUACCAAGUGUGACAUUUAGCUAAAAAUAAGCCUAACGAAUAAUGAGGGAACCUUCAAGAAGUCGCUGGCUUCCUGUCCCCGUUAAGGCCACUAGAGAUGAUCGCCCUCGGGUAAAUUCAAUUAAAUUCAGAACUCUUUGCUGUUUCAAUACAUGUUGUGCGUCUCUGUCUUUAGCUUCGACCCAUAAUCGUUGGCAUCUUAUUAUUUGAGAAUAUUUUAUGUUGUUUAACCCUGCAAGUUUCCCAAAGUAUUUUGUUUGUCUAGUUCUCUUCUCUUAUCUUCUCUCUUUCUUGGUUGAUUAGAAUCAGCUCUUUCAGCUUUUUUUUCGUACCACGUAAUAAGACAGAAUCCUCAUUGCAAAAAACAGUGUUUUCAACUUUCUUUAUGAACUUUGUGAGUUAUCGUGACUCCACGCUGGGAAAUACAAGUACUCCCCAUCGUGGAGGGGAGUACAAUUACUUGUACUUCCCAUCCACUUUUGCCAUCAUAAUGUUACUAUUUGUUUCAAAGACGUGGUGCAGAGUGCUGUGAAUCCCUCUUACUGGGGUUCCUAAAGGCAAUUCAAAUAUUCGUUAGUUCAGAGUAGUGGUUCCCAAUCUUUUUAAACUCGUGGACGAAUUUUCUAACACUCAAAAGACCUGCGAUACCCUGCACGCUUUCCAAAUCUAAAAAAUUGCCUAAUCAGGAAGCCCACCAUUUUUUACUAAUUAUCGAUGUCUCAGAUUUACUGGUACUCAGAAUUCAGGUCCCGCGACCAACCGAUAGGGAUCCACUGGUAUAAAAUAUGCCACUGUUAACACCCUACUUUCAUGUUCUUCUGUUGUAAGACUUCGCGUUAUAUAGAUUCUAGAUCUAUAUCGUCAUUUGUUUGAGAAAGGUUGUUCCCGUUGACUUAUGUUUCAUCAUUUCUGCACCGCUCCUCAUUUUUAGCGCAUUUUACUUACUAUUAUUGAAUUGCAAUUUUUUACAUCAUCACUGCACUAUACGUCUUCUUGAGGUAUUCUACAGUCUUCCUGUCUUGAUUCCUCUAAUUAAUUCUGCAUCGUCUGCAAACACUGACAUUUAGGACUACCUGAGUGGUUGCGUAGUUGACAUAUAUGUAGAAUGGAAUGAGUAGUAGGCCUAGUCCUUGUGGAACUCUACUUCUGUGGACCGAGGUUCGAUUCCCGGCGCAGGCGAGAAACAAAAUGGGCAGAGUUUCUUUCACUCUGAUGCCCCUGUUAAAUAGCAGUAAAUAGGCACCUGGGAGUUAGACAGCUGUUACGGGCUGCCUCCUGGAUCUGUGUGUGUGUGUGGGGGGCCAUUAGUUAGUAACAUUUGAUUAAUUGACAGGAGGCGGGUUGAAAGAGCAGAGCUCAACCCCCGCAAGCACAACUAGGUGAAUACAACUAGGAAAAUGCAUGUCUCACAGGUGUUGAGUGAGUGUGUGAAUGUGUUCCAUGGGAGUAUGGCGGUUCAGAUAUAUGCAAUGGAAAAGAAGCAAAAUAAUAAGAAAGGCAGAAGGGAAAAUAAGAAAUAAAAUAGGAUUGAAACAAUUUGACGAGAUAUUUCCUAAUUUAAAACAGAAUAUACCAAUACAGUUGUUCUUAAACCACACCUACACUGUACCAUGUCAUAUUAAUAAACAAAUGCACGCAG